CUGUCUAUGGUUCACGUAUUCUGUGAAUAUAAAAAACAAACAAUUUUAUUACGGAUAUUCUGUGUAAAUUUUUUGACAAGUUGCUUUGUAAUCAUGGCGUCUGAGCGUUACAGUUUUUCGCUAACAACUUUUAGUCCUUCUGGGAAAUUAGUGCAAAUUGAAUAUGCUUUAGCAGCAGUAGCGGCAGGCGGGACUUCCGUCGGCAUCAAAGCAUCCAAUGGGGUCGUUAUUGCAACUGAGAAUAAGCACAAGAGCAUCCUCUAUGACGAGCACAGCGUCAACAAAGUGGAGAUGAUCACUGCCCAUAUCGGCAUGGUGUACUCUGGCAUGGGUCCCGACUACCGUCUGCUGGUCACAUCGGCGAGGAAGAUGGCCCAGCAGUACUAUCUGAUGUACCACGAGCCGAUCCCCACGGCGCAGCUCGUGCAGCGAGUGGCUACUGUCAUGCAGGAGUACACGCAGUCUGGAGGCGUGCGUCCGUUCGGCGUGUCCCUCCUGAUCUGCGGGUGGGACGACGGGCGCCCGUACCUGUUCCAGUGCGACCCCUCCGGCGCCUACUUCGCGUGGAAGGCCACCGCCAUGGGCAAGAACUUCAACAACGGGAAGACUUUCCUUGAGAAACGGUACACUGAAGACCUAGAGCUAGACGACGCGGUCCACACGGCCAUUUUGACCCUGAAAGAAGGCUUCGAAGGUCAGAUGACAGCAGACAACAUCGAGGUGGGGAUAUGCGACGCCAGUGGCUUUAGGCGGCUAGAACCUGCGCAUGUUAAGGACUACUUGGCCAACAUCCCCUAAUAAUGUUUAGUUUUUGUUAUGUCAUAAAAUGUAUUUCGGUUUUUGUAAUAAAAAUUACUUGUCUGUA